UGGAAAGUUUACCUCUCAGGUACCUCAGGUAAAGGAAAGUUUUUAAAAGGCUUCAGGCAUUUCCCCUCCCACCCCCUAGGGGUGCUCGGCUAAAAUCCAGGCAAUAAAGGGGAGGAGUUAAACUGGAUCCCUCCCCUUCUCCUGGGAAGUUUUAUCAUCCCAAACGCGAGCAGGGCUAGAGUUUGAACAACAAGGAGUAGCUGCGCGCCCCGAACUAUCCCCAUGGUUUCGGUGACCAGAGCCGUGUUUGGAGAGCUGCCCUCGGGGGGAGGGACAGUGGAGAAGUUCCAGCUUCGGUCAGACCAGCUGAGUGUGGACAUCAUCUCCUGGGGCUGCACGAUCACAGCUCUGCAUGUCAAAGACAGGCAGGGGAAAGCCUCAGACGUGGUGCUUGGCUUUGCCGAAUUGGAAGGUUACCUGCAGAAGCAGCCCUACUUUGGAGCAGUGGUUGGGAGGGUAGCCAACCGAAUUGCCAAAGGAAGAUUCACGGUGGAUGGGAAGGAGUACCACCUGCCCAUCAACAGAGAGCCCAACAGUCUCCAUGGAGGCUUCAGAGGGUUUGACAAGGUCCUGUGGACCCCUCAGGUGUUGUCCAAUGGUGUCCAGUUCUCUCGAGUCAGUCCAGAUGGUGAGGAAGGCUACCCUGGAGAGUUGAAAGUCUGGGUGACAUACACCCUGGAUGGUGGGGAGCUUGUAAUCAACUACAGAGCACAGGCCAGCCAGACCACACCGGUUAAUCUGACCAACCAUUCUUACUUCAACCUAGCAGGCCAGGGCUCCCCAGACAUAUAUGACCACGAAGUCACCAUCGCAGCAGAGGCGUAUUUGCCUGUGGAUGAAACACUGAUUCCUACAGGUUUAAAACUCUGCCUCAAAGACCACGUGUUAGCCAAGGUGUUCCUGACUGAUGACCUCGUGUCUAGAAAUCUGAGGAAAGAACUGAAGGGAUCCGGAAGGACCCGGAAGGCCUUUUCCUUCCCCACUGAAAUAUGGCUUGUCUUUAUCACCAGGGUGCGUCAUGCCGGAAGUGGGCGGAUCCUGGAAGUAUACACCACCCAGCCUGGGGUCCAGUUUUACACUGCCAAUUUCCUGGAUGGCACUCUGAGGGGCAAGAAUGGAGCGGUCUACCCCAAGCACUCUGGCUUCUGCCUGGAGACCCAGAACUGGCCUGAUGCGGUCAAUCAGCCCCAGUUCCCCCCUGUGCUGCUGCAUCCUGGGGAGGAGUACAACCACACCACCUGCUUCAAGUUCUCUGUUGCUUAAAGAAGGCUGAAGAUGCCACCCGGUCCCUCCCAUCCUGGUGAAGACAGAGAAGCAUUAAAAGUGAUCCUGCGUGUUAAGUCGCUACCAUAAUAGUCAGCUUGAAUACUGAUUUCCUUUUCCAACAGCUGGCUUCAGGCCAUGUCUCAUGACCAGCUGUGUUCUCUGUCUAGGUCAGAGGACAAAUUCACUCUGCUACCAGUGCCUUCUUCUAGGCCUGACCCUAGUGGAAAAGUGGCCCUCUAGACUCUAAUAGCCUCCAUCUCUCCAGCUGCUGUCUUUAAGCCUUCCUUCCUUUGAUGGAGCUCCUUGUUUUUCUGUCUCCUCUUUUACCACCAACGCAAUCCACAUCAGACUACCCUUCAGAAGUUAGUAAAACAGUUUUAACCCCAACUUGAGUUCAAGCUAUGAGAAUUCACCUCCUCUGUGCCUCUCUCUACCUCAGUCUGCCUAAACAUUCCUAGGGUCACUGAAGGGCAAGGAGGGGUUUGGAGCCUGCUCUGUCACAGCCUCUCGUCUCAGACUUACUUUAGGGGCAUCAGGGGUGACUCAGCAGUGAAGAACACACACUGCUCCUGCAGAGGACCAAUUUAGCUCCCAGCACCCAGAUCAGGCUCACAGUUGCCUCUAACUCUAGCUCCAGAGGAUCGGGUGCCCUCUUCCACACCCGUAUGCACACAAUUCAAAGUGAGUCUUUUUUUUUUUUCUUCUUGAGGAGUUUAUUGAGAGUAGGUUAAAGGGGAGGGAAGAGAGAAAGAGAUACAGAGAGGAAGAGGAGGAAGGACUAGCCUACCUCUUCAAAAGAGCAGCGGGAAAAGAGUAAAAGUAAAUCUUAGAGAUUAAAAAAGAUUCACUUUAGAACCCCUAGAGUGAGUUGAGCUAUCUUUCCAUGGUGUGACUGAAAUUGUAAGAUCCAAAUGUCCAGAAGGAUUUAGAUUUUCUGCCUUUGGGGUUAACUAGAAGCCCGGCUAGUGUGUGAGAAGCUACACAGGCCUGAAGGGCGGCAGAUGAGGGAGAACACCUCACACUAACAGUGCCUGGAGGAUUGAACUUGGCACGAGGAGCAGAGGCGACGUAGAGAUGAAAUGGCCAGAGACCCCUCUUUCCUCAACGAUUGCAUCAUUGGUGAUGGGCUUAGGAGCGCUGAUUCGGAAAAAAUAUAGUUUAUGUUAUUAUCUGCUACAGGCAGUUGAAAUAAAACCAGAAUUUCACCUUCAGGAAA